AUGCCUGACCUAUCAACAUUCAACCCAACCACCGACCUGCCCGACCUCGAUGGGAAGACCAUCUUCAUCACCGGAGAAACCGCCGGCCUCGGCGCCUCCACAGCCCUCCAACUGGCUCGCAAACGAGCAUCCCGAAUCUCCAAGCUUGAAUGGUAG